ACAAGUUGAGCGAACGGAAAGGCGGUCACAUUUCUUACUCACCUGCAAACGUGAUUGAUGUGGGUGUUUGUAUCCGUGGGUGUGUAUGUCAGGCCUGACACCCCGUUCACGGAUUUGCUGACUCCACUUUCUUAGAAUUCAUGAGAAUCUUUUAAUCUCCGCUCGUGAAACAUCACACGCGCUCGAGCCGAGGCGCAGUAUCCUGUGCACAGAAGGCAUCCAGGUAUCUUUGAGAAGACAAGCCCGCACAACUCACCUCUGUCAGACCAGAUCUGAGCACACUCAGAGAGAGAGACACCUGUCUGCAAUUUACUGGGAAGCAACUUUGCGCGCACUGGACACAUUUCCAUCACUUCUUCCCAUUUGUGCGCUCCAUGGAGCAGGUGUUUUACGCAAAGCUGUUUAUUGACUUACUCACCUGUCUUCAAAAGACUUUUGCUCCAGUCUAGUGACAUUCACGGACGUGUAUCUUCAAGCCUGUUUAAAGUGACUGACAUCAACAAGAGAUAUGGAUAACAGCCCUGGUGGAGGAGUCAUCCUGUAUGCAGGGUCCUCCGGCAGCUCCAGCCCCAGCCCUGGCAGCCCCUCCAGCGGGUACCAGACCCAGUCACCCUCCUCACACUCCCAGCCCUCAUCUCCAGAGGAGGUUACCUUCACAGAGAUUGGGGCGUUGAAACACAGGGCAAGUGGGUGCACCACCCCGUCCUCCAAACUGGUAUUCCAGUUCCCAGACGUCUACAGUCCCCCCCCUGCAGCAGCCACUCCACAGCAUACCUAUGCACACCCCAUCGCGGGAAAGAGGCCAUGCGGGUUCACAGGAACGUUCACAAAGACAGGAGGAAUGGUCCUGCUUUGCAAAGUCUGUGGGGACAUUGCAUCUGGUUUCCACUAUGGUGUGCAUGCAUGUGAGGGUUGCAAGGGUUUUUUCCGCCGCAGCAUCCAGCAGAACAUCAACUACAAGAUGUGCGUGAAGAAUGAGAAUUGUCUCAUCAUGCGCAUGAACCGCAACCGGUGCCAGCACUGCCGCUUCAAGAAAUGCCUCUCCGUUGGCAUGUCAAGAGAUGCUGUGCGUUUUGGCCGCAUCCCCAAGAGAGAGAAGCAGCGACUUCUGGAUGAGAUGCAGAGCUACAUGAACAGCCUAAACGAGUCGGCUGCCAUGGACAUGGACUCAUCUUCGGUGAGGGAUGCUCCCAGCAGCCCAGAAGAUGGCAACUCAAAAGAGGCCAUUGGGGCCAUCUCCAGAGCCUACCGUGACAUUUUCACCAGCAGCAACAACAACGGCCAGGAGAGAGCAGCCAAGAGGGCUAACAUCACCACCAAUAACAACAACAACACAUCUUCCUUUUCUCAGGAUGCCAACUUUACCCAAGUCUCCUCUCACCCCAACCCUGCACAGAGUUAUCAGUCAUGCCCUGUUGCGUCUGCCACUCUAUGCCCAGCUGCCCCCAAUGACAACCAGGCUACAUUCCACAAUGUGGAAAACAACCGCUAUACCUACCUAGUGUCAACAAACCAGAAUCAUGAGCAGUCCAACAGUACAACCUCUCAAAGGGCCACCUCUGUCAAUCAUAACAGUUUCCGCAAUGCAGGAAGUACCCAAAACCAGCCCACUUGCCCAUGGAAAUUAGCUCCAGGAGCCAAAGUGCUGGCCUGUCCCCUCAACGCAUGGCCCAUAUCAAAGGCAGAGCGCACGAGUCAGGAAAUAUGGGAAUCAUUCUCGCAGUGUUUCACUCCUGCUGUCAAGGAGGUGGUAGAGUUUGCCAAGGGCAUCCCAGGAUUUCAAGAGCUUAGCCAACAAGACCAAGUCAUGCUGCUCAAAUCAGGCACCUUUCAGGUUCUGAUGGUGAGGUUCUGUACCUUGUUUAAUGCUGAGGAGCGUACGGUGACGUUCCUGAAUGGCCAGACUUACCCCCUAUCCACUCUGCGGGCCUUGGGCAUGGGUUCUCUACUGGACGCAAUGUUUGAGUUCAGCGAGAAGUUGGGCUCCCUGGGGCUGGAGCCUGAUGAAAUGGCCCUAUUUAUGGCUGUGGUGCUGGUCUCUGCAGAUCGUUCUGGCAUCUCAGACAUGCGGGCUGUGGAACAGCUACAGGAGGGUCUGAUCCGUGCCCUAAGGUCACUGAUCACUCGCCGUCGCCCAGAUGACUCCGCCCUCUUCCCCAAACUCCUCCUGCGCCUGCCGGACCUGCGCACCCUCAACAAUCUGCACUCCGACAAACUGUUGGCCUUUCGCAUCGACCCUUGAGCAGGCCGCUUCUUCGUGGAGCACACAGAUCCAAACUGUUUUACAGAGAAACAUUAAGUACACCACACACAAACACACACAUCUGCACAGAUAUCAUCUUCCAAGGAGAGGACUUCCUUGAAAAUUGAGGAACAAGGAGUUGUGCAAUCUGAGGAGUGUUUUUCAGGAUAACCGAGGGCAGCAGCGAACAUAUUUUUGACUCACUAUUGAUCUUCAUACUACGUUUUGGGAUGAAUAAACACACACAUACAAGCUCAUGUAUACACAUAAACCUCAACACCUCUUGACAGACAUUGUUCCAGUAAAAAAAUAAAUUAUCAUGUAGAUUUAGUAUUACCCUUUUGGACAAAUCAUUUGUGCACUUGCUCAUAAUACUCAUACUCAUACUUAAGAAUAAAAGCCAGUUCACUUCUGUUUAUUCCUUAAAACCGUACAGUAUCAACAGGCCAUCACUAAGCAGCAGUUGAAAGACAGUUAUAUUUAGGGACCAUUAGUGAUGAUUGACUAUGUCAGUCUGUGUUAAGAGAAAGGGAACCUGUAUAUAAUAUAUAGCUGAAUCUGAAAUAUUAAGGUAAUUGUGUAUCACUGUUUCACAAACAUACCAUCUGCAUUUGUACUGGAAUGAGACCACUAUUUUAACGUGUCACUUGUACACAAUGGGAUUCAUUCUGUCUCUUACUAUUCCAGAAAGCAUUCGGCACACCUUGGGUUUGAAUAUGCCAACUUCAUAAGUCAAUGGCAUUUUAGUUUAUUUCACAAAAACAUUGUGUCUGUGUCACUAUAUCGUAUGACAUCUGGGCUGAUGGAGACGCCCCAUGCAUGUUGGGUUGUGUAGUUCCUUUGUUAAUUUUUGUUGCUGUAAAUAUUAUGUUACCCUAAUGUCUAUGUAUCAAUGACUGAACUGAUGUAAUGGAUCGGACGGAUGAGUUCGGUGUAAAGAAGAAUGUAGUGACCUUCCUGUAAUAGGUGGGGGUUUGGCCAUGCCAAGGGGGCUUUGCACAGGAGCAUAAUGUAGUAGGGAUUCUCAGACAUCUUCGACGCACUUCCUGCUAUCAGAUGAUGUAACCAACCAGCAUAAUCCCUGAAAUCACCAGCACUCACUCCACACGCACCCUUCCUCUGCCCCCAAUGUUUGUCAUACAAACACAAGAGAUAUUUUUGGGUGAGAGAUCGUGUUUGAUUGGUCUUCUCACUGUUUGCUUGUUUGAUUAAGGCUGAUUGAGCACAUCUUGUACAUUUUGUAAAUCUUUCUUCCUAAAUAGAAAUGAUAUAAUGAUAUAAAGUUCAAAUUAUGUAUUACUCUG